CACAUCCCAGUCAUCAAAGCAGAAUGUCGAACAAGCUUGUCCCUCUCACCGUCAUCAAAGGCGCCGGGCAUGAGUUCAUCCCCCUCCCCGCGGGCCAGAACGCCACGACGGCCGAUUUCCACUCCAUCCGCACCCAGACCACCGACUCCCCGUCCUACUUUACCUCGGGGUUCUACAAGAUCGAGGCUGGCCCUCACCGACCCGCGCACUAUGCCUUCGAGGAGACCAAGUAUGUCUUGAGUGGGCAGAUCGAUGUUUUGGACGAGGCAACCGGAAUCACCCACCAUCUAGUCCCCGGUGACUUUGCGUUCUUCCACGUGGGGUCGAAAGUUCAGUUCUCGACCAAGUCCCAAGGAUUCGCCUUUUAUGCUGUCACUCGACCCGUUCGGUCCCCGCAUCCUAACCUUGUGGGCCGAGAGGAGGAUAAAGCCCGGCUGUGAGGGGGGAAAUAACAAGAGGAGUUGCUUUCAGGUCGUGUAUAGAUAGGUCUCGUGCGUUUGACACGUUCUUGACUUCGUCGUGGUUCCAUGUCAGCGGAAGAAAUUGUCUAUGUCUCUUGAUCUUCAUUACCACCCCUCUCGCAGGUGUCAUCAAUAUCGAUAACUC